CCGGAGUGAAGCCGCGUUGCACACAGGCGGGGAGCAUGGAGCCGGCGGCCGGGCCGGGCUGGAGGGGCGAUUGCCCGGCUCCGGGGGUCACCGAUCCGGGCCAGGGCUCCUCCGCUGCCGGGAGGGCCCCGAGGGCACAGGGCAGCUGGUCGGGGGUAGCUGGCGGCAACUGGAUCACGGCUCAUCCCACGUUCACAGAAAUGAUGUCACUUGAUGUGUCUGACAGCACUCAAGUCUACGCUGCCUUUUUGGUGUACCUGGACCUCUUGGAAGGGAGGAGCUGGCACGAGGUGCAGCCGGUGGGCGUGGCAGAGCUGCAGCUGGUGUGUUUGCAUGCCCGAGCCAGGGAGCAGGAGGGGCUCCAGGUGAUGGUGCCAGUGCCUGCACACAUCCUGAUCAGCCACGAGAGGUUAAGGGAAAUACUGAAGAAAGCCUCUCUGCCUCCAGAGGAUCCUGACACCCUGCUGUCAGUUACUUUGGCCAUAGUUGAGACAGACUCCACAAUAGUCUACUAUAAAAUGACUGAUGGCUUUGUAAUGCCAGAUCCUCCUGGUGAUACUGAAGAUGUGGAUAAUAAACAGUGGAGGAAGAAAAGAACGAAACUUUUCAAAUGAUUGGGCAGAGAAAACAGAACGUUUCUUGAACUCCUGUGCUCAUACCCAAACAAAUUCAGGAACUGUUGGAUGUGAAUAAAUGGUGAACUAAAGUCUGCCUUGGCAUAUCAAGGAUGUGUUCAGGGAGAACAAAGGCUCGUGCAGCUGCACUGUGAUGAAAUGCCAUUUGAGGUAUGAAGUAAGUCAUUCAGUGACACAGAUCAGUCCUGACUAAUAAAUACUCUUGAGAAGUGUU